GUGUGUAUGUUGGGCAAACUAGACCUUUGGAAUCAAAAUAUGGAGGCAUCAAAAGAUUGAUUCCUUAUGACCAUAUUUGGGCAUAAAUGCAGACCAUUUCUAACUUACCAAACACUUAAAAAUAAGAGAGUGUUUCAAGAAGGAGCAUGCCUGAUCUUGAACAGAAAUGCUGGAAGUAUCUCCUAAGCAAAAUAAUAUUGCUCCUAUCACAACAAUUUGAAUUCUAUAGGUAGUGAAAGGAAAUCAAGGAAUUGAUUCACUUUAAACAGAUAAUCAUAAUAUUGAUUCCCCGUCAGCUGGCUAAUCAUUAUUUUGAUUCACAGACAACACGAGCAAGCGGGCGACGCUGCGCGCUGCGUUUCUGGCUCCAGACUGGGCGGCUGCUGGUCCAGCAUGUCCACCCUGCUUCGUGUCACCUCCGCCGGCUGCGGCGUCCUGGCCGUGGGCGUGCUGGCAGCGCGCAAGUCGCGCCGCCGGCCGCCGCCGGCCCCUGCCACUGACGUCCAGCGCCGGUUCCACGGCCCGUUGCCCACCCGCGCCGAGCAGCUGGAGCGCCUGCGCAGCGAGCAGUUUGACGUGCUGGUGGUGGGCGGCGGCGCGACCGGCGCCGGCUGUGCCCUGGAUGCCGCCAGUCGCGGCCUCAGCACCGCCAUGAUCGAGAUGGACGACUUCGGCUCGGGCACGUCCAGCAGAAGCACCAAGCUGCUGCACGGAGGUGUGCGCUACCUACAGAAGGCCAUCAUGAACCUGGACCUGGAGCAGUAUAGGAUGGUGCGGGAGGCGCUCAACGAGCGUGCCAACCUGCUGGAGAUCGCGCCGCAUCUGUCCUACCCGCUGCCGAUCAUGCUGCCCGUCUACAAGUGGUGGCAGCUGCCAUACUUUUACGCCGGAAUCAAAAUGUACGAUAUCGUGGCCGGCUCCAAAUGUCUCAAGUCGUCCUACAUUCUCAGCAAGCGCAGUGCGCUGGAGCUGUUCCCGAUGCUGAAGACGGAUGCCCUAGUGGGAGCGAUCGUGUACUAUGACGGACAGCACAACGACGCCAGAAUGAACACCGCCAUCGCCAUCACCGCCGUGCGGCUUGGAGCGAGUGUCGCCAACCACUGUCGCGCGGUGGAGCUGCUGAAGGAACCCGGGGAGAAGGGAGGGGAGCCGCGAGUGUGCGGCGCCAUCUGCGAGGAUGUACUGACCGGGGAGCGGUUCUCGGUCCGAGCGCGGUGUGUCAUCAACGCCACGGGACCGUUCACUGAUUCCCUGCGCCAGAUGGAUGACCCCAAGUUGAAGGAGAUCUGUGCGCCGUCGGCAGGCGUGCAUGUGGUCCUUCCCGGAUAUUACAGUCCCGACUCGAUGGGUCUGCUUGACCCGUCGACCUCCGACGGCAGGGUCAUCUUCUUCCUGCCUUGGAUGAAGCACACCAUCGCCGGCACCACCGACUCGCCGUGCGAGGUGACGCCCAACCCGACGCCCAGCGAGGAGGACAUCGCCUUCAUCCUCGGCGAGGUACGCAACUACCUGAGCCCCGAGAUCGAGGUACGUCGUGGCGACGUGCUGUCUGCGUGGAGCGGCAUUCGACCGCUGGUCUCGGACCCCAACCAGCCCGACACGCAGAGUAUCGCGCGAAACCACAUCGUUCACGUGUCGCCCUCAGGUCUGGUCACCAUCGCCGGCGGCAAGUGGACUACGUACCGCUCCAUGGCUGAGGAGACCAUCGACACCGCAGUCCGCGCCACCGGCCUGAAGCCCAGCUCUGGCUGUCGCACCCAGGGCCUCCUCUUGGAGGGCGCUCACGACUGGACGCCCAACAUGUACAUCCGACUUGUCCAGGACAUGGGCUUCGACCCGGAGGUGGCCAAACACUUGGCGGAUACCUACGGAGACCGUGCCUUCGCCGUGGCGAAACUGGCGGCGCUAACUGGAAAGGCGUUCCCGACGGUGGGUAAGCGACUUGAGGAGGAGUUCCCUUACCUGGAAGCGGAGGUGCGCUACGCUGUGAAGGAGUACGCCGCCACCGCAGUGGACGUGAUCGGACGUCGCCUGCGGCUGGCGUUCCUCAACAAUGUCGUCGCAGAGCAGGUGCUACCUCGCGUAGUUGAAAUUAUGUCCGAGGAGCUCGGCUGGAACGCUGCGGAGAAACAGCGUCAACACGAGCAAGCGUUGACGUUCCUGCGUACAGAGAUGGGUCAGAUGGUGAACCAGGAGUCGCGCCUGCAGGUGCCCAUUAGCCUGACCGUUCGAGAAGUACAGGCGUACACCCGCCGCUUCCAGGAGCUCGACCGCGAGAAGAAGGGCUUCAUCACCGUGAACGACUUGCGCCAGGAGUUGGAGGACAUGCCCGGAGCUCACAUUCACAACAUGCUCUCCGAGGCGGACCCGGCGCACCACGGCUGCGUCGACCUGGCUACCUACAUGCAGAUUAUGGCGGGGCUGAAGAGAGGCACUCCUCGUGGCACCCGCGCACGUCAGAAGGAUGCCGGGAGCGACAACGUUCGGAUCCCCGUGGAAAGAAGCGGUGGUGGCGUGUGACCAAGAUGCCAGUGAGACCAAGUCUGCAGAGCUGACACUUUGCGAUGAGUGAAUGACGCGGGUGGAAAUUGAGUAACUGAAAAGAUGCCGGAUAUGAUAAGUAACUAGAUCUGUUGAAAUGCAAAUUAUUAAUAUGCUUCAGUGAAGCAAUCAUUGAGGCUUAAAGCAAUCGUGCAAUUGAAGUUCUUUGCGGGAAUGAAAUACUUCAUAUAAAAUAACAAUUGUGAUAUUUUACUUUUUAUUGCAGUGAAUGAAACUAAAAAUAUUUGUAUUCGCGUGGGCACAUAAAAAGCAGGAAUAGUGGAAGCAUGUCGGACAAGCUACUUGUGUUACAAAUGGAAAGGGUAACUGAAUUGCGCGGUUGAUGUAUGGUUGACUAGUGUUUACAUGUUCCCGAAAUGACAUUAGCAAUGCUUGGUGGUAAUGCUGCUAAGUGCACUGAUCCAACACGUUUCUGCAACGACCUGUGGUGAUAUAGGAUCACCCUCUGCCAGAGUUGGAUGUAGAAAGCAAAUCAAAACUACUAGUUACUGACGAAGUGGUGCGGGGCCCCGGGGGUCGUGGUAGUCCCCCGUUCACCUUCACUUACCGACUGCGGAGGUCACACUCGAGGGCCACGGCCCACUGACUAUCUGGGCCGUGUUGACCACUGUAACACCGCCGUUCAGCGCUGCGCGUCACUGAUACGCCUCAACGAACACCGUGCUCUGGCGACUGGCGACUUCAACCAUGCGCGACCAUGCGAGCUACAUCAACCAUGUCACCGAAACACUGGCGGGCGUACCGCCAACUGUGACAAAGACAUAAUUCGGCACUAAACAUUUGUGUGCGUGUGCGUAAGUGGUUACUUUCGCCCAAGAGGAAGCUAAGUAAGCGUUUUGUUGUUGCUGCAUGCUUACCUGUCUUCCAUUCUGUCGAAGGAGCGCGGUGAUGGCUGAUGCUGAGUGGUCCCAUGGAUCAUGUAGGUAGUCUUGAAGACACUAGGAAAUUGGUCAAGAAAACAGUGGCUGGGAUACUAGUGUCAUGAUUGGUUUUGUUUACCUUACUACCCGUGCUCUUGCUGUUGUGAGAUAGCGUGUUUGUGAGUUGUGAUUGGUUGCUCACAAAACUUAAGUUCUUCACAUGAGAGAGCGGGUUUGUUCUUGUUUCUGUUCCUUACCUAGUAAUUUGCUUUUUGUGUUACGGUUUUUAUUGGGUUUCGAUAAAUCUAAUAGUUUUAUCGGAAACAGUUUGUGACGUUUCUCCAUGUCAUGGAUCCGGUGCUGCCCUCGGCUUUUCAUGUCAAAUUGUGCUGCUUAGUGUUCACACGCUUGGUAGUUGUAAGCGCGCCGAGGGCUGUUGUGGCGUUUUCCAGAUGGAUUUUAUGUGACGGUACUGGUAUGAAGGACUAGUCAGUCUUAUCUAAUUUAUAAAAUGCGUCGUUCUGAUCGUAUUCAAAAAACAACGAAGUUACGGGAAAUGUGCGUUUUUCAGUAUUACGUUUACUAAGAAUUGGAUGAAUGCGUUCUACUGUAAUUUUGUAGUGAUAUGCACUUGCCGUUUGCCGAUAUUAUCUUCAAGACAUCUGUUGUCAAAAACCUAAGUUUGUCCCACGUUUGAACUGAGAAGUGUGGCUAGGUAUGCAGAAGAAAAGAAUGAUAGCCCUGUUUGAGCGCAUCUAUUAGACCCUUUCGUAAUGCCGACCCCCAUCGCGAAUGCUGCAUCUCGCGCGGUGUUGCUGCAAAUACACUGCAUUUACGUGACAAAA